AGCACGUCAUGCAACUGCCAGCAGCUUACUUAUAACGUCGACAGCGCCGGCAGCCACGUAUAAAGCCAUUGCCCACAGAGCAGCGUUCUUCAAUCUCUCACAUCACAUACUUCAUCUAGUCUCAUAAUGGUUGCUGAAAUCACCACGAAGGAAGAGCUCGCGAAAUUCACCAGCGAUCCCAAGAAGCUCACCGUCAUAGAUUUCACUGCAAGUUGGUGCGCCCCUUGCCAGACCAUCAAGCCGCUCUUUGAGGGCCUCGCCAAGGAGAACGCCAAUGCGAACUUCCUCAAGGUUGACCUGUCGGAGGGAACGAACGAGCUCGCCACUGAGUACUCCGUCACUGCUAUGCCGACCUUCAUUUUCUUGGUAGGCACGGAGGAAAAGCACAGGAUCCGUGGCGCUAACCCACCUGCCCUCAAAUCAACUGUCAUCCAGUAUGCCCAACCCGCAUCUUCUGGUGCGUUCUCUGGACAAGGCCGAACCCUUUCGGGUAAAGGUGGAUCUUCAUCAUUCGCGCCUACUUACAACGUAUCAAACAGCUUAACCGCCACAUGGUCGAACACGAGCCCUCAAGUGAAAGUUUUAAUUGUACUUUGUGCAGCAUAUGUAUAUUUCUGGCUGAUAUAGAAAAGAUCGAGUUUGUAGAAUCAGGUUUCCUGCUUGGUGUACUGCGUACGGAUACGAUAAGAUAAAUCAAAUUCUUAUCGGAUUUGAUCUUGAUG